UCAGUCCACAGUCGGCACAGUCCUCAACACUUCCGUUCUGGGGUCCCCCACACGGCACCGGGCACACACCUUUCCAACUUCGACACCCUGUCCUCGCGUCGUCGUCGUCGUCGCCGUCUUCUCUUUUUUCGUGACGCGCGUACACUUCGGCGCACGAGCGCGCAACGUCCUUGUCGGUGGAUUAAUCAUUUGUUAUUUUUUUUAUUAUUAUUCACUAUCCGCCUCGCACAGUGUGUUCAAAUUCGACAAUAUAAUAAUAAUAAUAAUAAUAAUAAUAAUAAUAAAGAAAAAGUCUAUUAUCAUUAGUUCGAUCACCUACUGACCCACCACCAUCACCAACGGCGAAAUAGCUACCAUUUCCGCAUUUGAGUCGUUCACAUUUCACGCUAUGCGCCUUCAAAAUCACUGUCAUUAACAUCCACUACCUAUAGUAUUAUCUCUUUGUUGUUCUAAGACGCUCGUUGCUCAUCACCUGGGAGAGCCGACGAAUUUACAACAAUUAUCGAGCUGAUUGUAGGUAGUGGAUUUCAAGAGUGAUUACUUCGAACAUUUGCCAUUAUAGACAUCGUUUUGGACAAAGUAUUGUUGUUUUAAUCGAAAUAAUAAAAUGUUUAGACAACACCAAUAGUACAACAAUAUACCUAGUAAAUUCACUUAGGUAUGUCACGCAAACAAAGAUGGAGAUCAAAUCCUGACAAUGAACAAUUGGAUGAUUCACCUAUAUCUCUUACUAUAGAAACACUAACGGGUACAACAUUUGAAAUUACUGUAUGCCCAACUGACUAUAUAAGUUCAUUGAAGUCUCGAAUACAACGUGUUGAAGGUAUACCAGUCAACCAGCAACAUUUGCUCCUAGGCGAAAAAAUAUUAUCUGACCAUACAACCAUAGCUAAUAAUAAUCUUCAUGAUGGAUCAACAUUGCGAUUGGUAUUGUCCUUACAAGGUGGACCUAUUGGCACAAGUCGCAGAAUGCUGCCCUUGGACAAUGAAACUAUUCGACAAUUGGUUAAUCUAAAUAAAAAAGAAAUAUUAGAAGAUGCACCUCCAGGUAGUAAGCUUGCAGUCUUAAUAUUUCGUGAAGGCGAAGUUAUUAAUUUGCUUCGUGUAAUUGAAAAUAGUGAUGGUUCUUUAACAAACUUAAAGGAAUCCUCUAAAAAAAUAUCUACUGUAGAAUUACCAAAAAAGAAAAAAUCUAAGCCAUCCGUUGAAAAUAAUACGACAUAUCUUAAGAUGAUGCUAUUGAAACAUAAUUUAGAAAAUCUUUCUAUUUCAUCAAAAUCUAAAUUAAAAAGAACAAAACCUGAACAUCGUAAAUCAGCUUCAGCACCAGAAAAAUCACAAAUGAAGACUGAAAAAGAUAGUAGCAAGCUACACACAUGGAGAUUACCUAUUGUUCAAUCAACUCCUGUUUUGGGGAAAUAUGUUCGUAGUGCUGAAUUCUCAAGAAUACCAGUUUUACCAACUAUCGCAAGUACUACAUGCUCGGAAAAAAAUGCAAAAUCAACUUCAACUAGACAACUUUGCCAUAUCAUGAAUGAACCUAGACAUAGUGGUAGUACUUCAAGUAUUGACAGUAUUUCAGAAUCUGGUACUGACAUUGAUGUAUCCAGCACAGAUUGGUCUAGGCGUCCUAGUAGUUCAUCGUUGGUGUUAUCCCAUAAUAUCCACAUAAAUGUUUCUAGACAAGCGUCACCGACUGAACAAAUGACUGCCAUGUCCUUAUCCAAUAAUACAGGAUUGGGAGCUAUACAUAGGAUACUAAAUAGAUCAGACAUGCCUAUUCAACUUGAUGAUGAAGAACCUAUGGAAUCAGAAAGUAAUAGAAUGGAAAAAAAAUCUCCAGCUAUUGUACCUGAAGAUCUGAAUCAGGCUAUACCUGAUCAAGUGGUAGAAAAAAAGAAAAAACGAUGCGCUCAGUGCAAUAAAAAACUAACUAUUAGUGCUCAGUAUACAUGUCGAUGUGGACUUAUUUUUUGUCCAGUACAUAGGUACUCAGAAUCGCACAAUUGCUCCUAUGAUUAUCAAAAGAAUGGUCGCAACUCUAUUGAAAAGAACAACCCUUUAGUUGUUAGACCAAAGUUACCAAAAAUUUAAUAUGUUAAUUCAAAAAGCAGAAUACAUAUUAAAUAUUAUUUUUAGAUGUAAUUUAAUAGGUACUCGUGACUCACACAACCUUCUAUGAUUGUCUGCAUAAUGAAUUAUAAAUAAUUAUUAAAAUGCCUCGUUGACCCAUUUUUCCGUAACUAUGCAAUACUUGUUGAGUAAUUUGACUAUAUAAUAAUAACUCAAACAUUGUUAUAGAAGUGGUUUUUAAAGAGCUUUUUACGUGUUCUAACACCAACUUACUAAUAUAGUUGUGUAAUGUUGACUAUCUUUCAUUUAAGCAAUUUAUUAAACUUAUUAUAAAAUACUACUCAUAAUAUAAUAAUUAUAAUAAUAAAUAAUAAUACAAUUAUAGCAUUUUUGGUUGUUAGAAUUAAAGUACGGGUAAAAAUGUAAUUUAACCAAAAUAUGUAAUUUUUUUUUCCUAUGACGUAUUUUUAUUUUUUUUUUUCUAUAAAUUUAUGUUGCCUAUAUUUAUGUUUGUUAUAAGUUUAUUAGCUCUUUAAAAUAUCUGUAACCUGAUAUGACAAUAAGACAUAAGUGGUGUAUUGCAAUGGAUGUUGAAUUAGAGUUGAAAUAAAAAUUUAGUUUGUGUUAAAAAAAUAUAUAAUACAUGCAUAUAGUUUUAUAUGCA